ACAACCCUUUCGUGAGCAACUUCCUGCUCAGGGCCGAGCCCGGGUCAGGGUUCUCUGUGGCUGAUUGAAUUGUUCCUGUGUUUGUGCAGAGACAGGACAGAGGCCAAGACGGCUGCCGGAGCCUGGAGAGAUCUACCUGCGGAGGUGAGGAGAUGCCAAGAUGGAGGGCAGCUGCCAAUGUGUCCUGGCCGUGCUGGUCGUCGUGGCUGGCCUAGCAGCCUUUGGAUCCAGCUACCAAAUCAUAGAAGGACCCAAGAACGCCACCGUGCUGGUGGGCCAGGAGGCCCGCUUCAACUGCACCGUCUCACGCGGCUGGAGCCUCAUCAUGUGGGCUCUGAACGGCACGGUGGUCCUGAGCGUCACGCCCAUGGGGGUCAUCAUCACCAGCAACCACUUCACCUCCAAGAACUACACGGAGGGCGACGACUUCAUCUCCGAGAUGAUAAUCCACGACGUGCAGCUCAGCGACGCGGGGCACAUCAAGUGCAGCCUCCAGAACAGUGGCCGCGAGGGAUCCGCUUUCCUUUCCGUCCAAGUUGUGGGGGAAUUGCUCGUUCACACUGACAGUCUUGUAGUCAUUGAGGAUGAACCUUGUAAUGUGACUUGCCGUGCGGUGGGCUGGAACCCACUCCCGGAACUUUUCUGGGAGAUCGGUGUCCCCGUGAGCGAUUCAAGCUUUCACUCCGUUCUGGAGCCGGACGACCCUCCAAGUGUCCUGAGCAUCCUGGCUCUGACGCCGAGAGGCAGUGGGAAUCUGACUUGCGUGGCUAAGAUGAAGGGGCUGCAGGCCCGCGAUUCUCGCACGAUAAACCUUACUGUGGCUCCGCCUCACUCGGGCAGUAUUGAUAAACUAGGUGCCUCGUUGCCUACCUGGGCCAUAGCCCUACUUGCAGUGUCAUUCUCGUUGCUUUUCAUCCUGAUCGUUGUUCUGAUUGUAAUCUUCUGCUGCUGUGUCUCCCGGAGAGAGAAAACAGAAUCCAGUUCUCUAAGGAAAUCUGCAGAUGUGGAGACAAACCAAGAAACUUUUGAGCAAAAGUUAAAAGGUGGAAAUGAGAACUAUGGCUACAGUGCAGAGUUGGCUUCCUCCCCUGCCAAGUCCUCCGGCUCCAGCCUUCCCGCGCAGCAGAGCAGCAGGCAGCCGCAGCAGGUGACGCAGCAGUUGAUGCAGCAGGUGACGCAGCAGGCGACGCAGCAGGCGACGAAGCAGGAACCCGAGCUACAUCAGCAGGCCCCAACGAGUCGCCCGCACGUCUCCUUUUACACGGUCGGUCCCAGGAUGACCAGGAAUGUGACCUUAGUGUAGCGAGGGUACUGCCCUUGGCUGAUGACCUGCACCACGGCCGGGUCAGCAUUGCUCUCCCGAGGCCCAGCCCGCCAGCGUUACCUGGAAGCGGCGAUGUUGGAAUCAUUGAAACGGAUAUUUCCGUGAGAGAAGGAACCGUGGUUCCCAACUUCCCAAGUAGAAGUUCACUCUUCAUGUGUUUCAAGAUUCCAGUGACUUCUGUAAAGUUACUAAGUCACCGCACACUCCUGCUUGCUGGUCCAAUGAGUCUAUCGCCUGCCAUGACUUUAAACGUGUUUUUGUUACCUUACAUCAUAUAAAGUUUAUAUGUGUGUCUGUGUA